GUGCUGCCCUAAUGUUUGUGGAACAAGGAGCUGUGUGGCAGCUAGAUACAUGGAUAUCAAAGGAAAAAAAGGUCCUGUUGGAAUGCCAAAGGAUGCUACCUGUGAUCACUUUAUGUGUACACAGCAAGGUUCUGAAUGUGACAUUUGGGAUGGACAACCCAUAUGUAAAUGCAGAGACAGAUGUGAGAAGGAACCAAGCUUCACUUGUGCAUCUGAUGGACUUACUUACUACAACAAAUGUUUUAUGGAUGCAGAAGCUUGCACCAAAGGUAUUACGCUAACAAUUGUUACUUGUAAAUAUCAUCUCUCUUGGCCAAACACUAGCCCUAUCCCUUCAGGAACUACAGCUAAUCCUACUGCUGCAUCUCUUGAAACUACAAUUAUAAAUGUAAUUCCACCCACACUAAUUAAUAAUCCAGUUCACAAGACAGUCAACGUAGGAGAUACUGUGAGUUUUCAUUGUGAUGUAACAGGUAAACCUAAACCAGAAAUAACCUGGGAAAAACAGGUAGAAGGAAAGGAAAGUGUUGUUAUGCGGCCAAAUCAUGUUGUAGCAAAUAUAGUGGUUACUAACAUUGCACAACUAGUGAUCUACAACACCCAGUUACAAGAUGGAGGGAUAUACACAUGUACCGCAAAAAAUGCAGGUGGCAUCAUAAAGAUCAACUUCCCUCUGACAGUGAAAGAGGCUCCUCCUAAAGAAAUAACUCACAAUAAAACUUUUUUUCCAACUGAUGAAUGCUUGAAGCCACCAGACAGUGAAGAUUGUGGGGAAGAACAAACCAGAUGGUAUUUUGAUGCAAAGAAAAAUAAUUGCUACGUGUUUAUUUAUGGUAAUUGUAACAGUAAUUUGAACCACUUUGAAACAUAUGAGACAUGUAUGUUGACUUGUAUGAAUGGACCUGUCAACAUUUGCAAUUUUCCAGCCCUACAAGGUACUUGCAAAGCCUAUGAACCAAGGUGGGCAUACAAUAAACUGUUAAAUCAAUGUCAGUCUUUCAUAUAUGGAGGAUGUGGCGGGAAUGAAAAUAACUUUGAAAGUAAAGAAAUCUGUGAAGAUAUGUGCCCCUUCCCCAAGAAUCAGAAGUGCAAAGUCUGUAAACCCCGUCAAAAGCUGGUGACGAGUUUUUGCAAAAGUGAUUUUGUAAUCCUUGGUCGCAUUACAGACCUGACAGAAGAACAAGAUUCCGGACAUGCUCUGGUGUCUGUUGAAGAAAUUUUAAAAGAUGAUAAAAUGGGACUCAACUUUUUAGGCAAAGAGCCUCUUGAAAUUACACUGCUCAAUAUGGACUGGAGUUGUCCAUGUCCCAAUGUAACUUCAACCAGCAGUCAACUGAUCAUCAUGGGCGAUGUACACAAUGGCAUGGCUGUACUUCAGCCCCACAGUUUUGUUGGGGUAUCAAGUGCAAGACGCAUAAGGAAGCUCCGUGAAGUCAUUCACAAUAAAACGUGUGAUCUUCUAAAAGAAAUUUUAGGUCAACCAUAG